AUGACGCAGUCAAUGCUGGACAUGAGUUUAGACGACAUCGUCGCGGCACAUCGUGCCUCCGCGGACGAUAGCUCGAGCCGAGGAGGGCGAGGCCGCAGCGGCUUCGGACCGACACGCCGGGGAGCUUCUUCGUUCGGGGGCGCUGGCGGCUCCUUUUCGUCCUCGCGCGGUCGCGGCGGGCGCUUCGGCUCUUCUUCGUGGGUCGGUGAGGACUCCUGGGAGAGCGGCCGGUACGCGCGCGGGCGGCGCGGAGGCUUCGGCUCGCCCUACGCCUUCGAGGACAGGGGCGGCGACCGCCGCGCGGCGCCUUGGGCGGGCGCGAGGGGCGCUGGGGCCCGCGCCGCGCGGCCGCAGACCGCAGUUGUGCGCGUGAGCAACUUGGACUACAGCGUUCUCGAGGAAGACUUGAAGGAGCUCUUCUCCGCUGUCGGCGAGAUCUCCAAAGUCUGGAUCGACUACGACCGCACCGACAGAUCCAAGGGCACAGGGGGCUGUGUCUUCCGGUCUGUUGCGGACGCGAAGCGCGCGAUUCAGACGUACGAGGGCCGGCGCAUCGAGGGCUUGCCGCUGCGCCUGGAGCUCGUUCCCCCGCGGAACCCCGACAGCCGCCGCUUCUCGCCGUCGCACGCGAGCGGCCCCUACAGUCAGGAGAGUGCCUUUCAGCGCCGGGGCGGUCGCGGCGCGAACUCCUGGCGGGGAGUUGCUCAGAACGAGAGACUGGAGCCGUGGUGA